AUGACAGCCCGGUACCAUGGUGUGGGGUCUGUCCCAGGAAAGCCAAGGACCAGCUAUGGGUUUGCAAACCAAGACCAGGAAAAUUCCCAACUGAGAAUUGUCUUACUGGGAAAAACCGGAGCAGGAAAGAGUGCAACAGGGAAUAGCAUCCUCGGAGAGAAAGCGUUUCAUUCUGGCAUUUGUCCAAAAUCCAUUACCAAGGUCUGUGAGAAAAGGGUGAGCACGUGGGAUGGGAGAGAGGUCGUUGUCGUGGAUACGCCUGGUGUUUUUGACACUGAGGUACCAGAUGUUGACACAAGAAAAGAGAUAGUUCGGUGUGUUGCCCUGACCUCCCCAGGGCCUCAUGCUCUGCUCCUGGUGGUCCCAUUGGGGCGUUACACUGUGGAAGACCAUAAGGCUACACAGAAGAUUCUGAACAUGUUUGGAAAGAAGGCUAGAAGAUUCAUGAUUCUCUUGCUCACCAGGAAGGAUGACUUGGAAGACACUGAUAUCCAGGAGUACUUAGAGACGGCUCCUGAAUUCGUUAAAGAGCUGAUCCAUAAGUUCGAGGAUCGCUACUGUUUGUUCAACAACAAAGCAUCAGGAGCUGAACAGAAGGACCAGAGGACACAGCUGUUGACCUUGGUCCAGCGCAUGGUGAUGGAAAAUGAUGGAAGAUGCUUUACCAACAAGAUGUACAAAAGCGCUGAGGAAGAGAUUCAGAAACAAACCCGGGAGAGGCAAGAACGUUACAGAGAGGAGUUCGAGAGAGAGCGAGAAAGGAUAAUACAUGAGUAUGAAGAACAGAUUAGAGAUCUGAGAGAUCAGCUGGAGAGGGAAAGGAGAAAGGCUCAAAUGGAGAGGGAAUUCGCCAGAGCAGAGGCCCACUAUGCAGAGAGGCAGCAAAAUGCUAGGCAGGAAGUUGAGCACCAAAAUAAGAUACUUGAAUUAAUCAUGAAAGCAUGGGAGAUUGCUCAAUUUGUCUACAAUCAUUUUAUGCAAGACGACUAGACCUAGUCUACAAGACUAUACCUUAUCCCUAUUUUCUGCAUCCCUGCCCCCAAAACUCUGCCCUGCAAGACUCACUCCUCAAUGUCCAAAUGCUUUGGUUUCCAUCUUCCAGGACUAAGGAAUGAACUAUAGGUCGCCUUUGACAGUUGGUAGAUGUUCAAUUGACUUAUUCAAAAACUGACCAAUCCUCAAUCUGUGAAACUCCAAAGCAGAAUGUAUGAAUGCUUGCCACCCCUGUGUUCUUCCUCAGAGAAAGCCACCCAGGAGUCCCUAGAAGAUGACUAUGAGAUGCACCCACUCUUCCUUCUCCGGAUUCUUGACAAUAGUCUUCACCUGCAGCUUCUAUACGUUGCUGCCCACUUUCUGGACAAGAGUCUUCUAUGUUUUAUUAGGAAGUUCAGUGCUUUGCAUGAGGUAAUCUUCAGACAGAAAUAGAUGGCUGUAUAGUUCUCAGUGAAUGUCAGUUUGUUUUAUUACAUGUUCGUAAAGAGCCUCAAAUUGUUCCCUGUCUGCCCUUUGAAGACAAGGCAAAUCUCCUAAUUCAAGUAGUCCAGGAUGAGCACAAAUUAGCAAUUUCACAGACAAUUUACAGUGUUUGCUGUGUUCGAGUGUACCUCUAGAAACUCUCAUCAACCUUAUGACCAGUUUGAUGAAGUCAGCUCUCUCCUUGGGAAAUGACCUGACUGCUCCAACCCCACCCCGUACCCCAAUACAUCUAGCUUGUGCCUCUUCUGCCCCACCCAGCUAAUUUGCUUAUUAUUGUGACAAUAAACUUUUCAGCUGCUUCAUACUUGUUCAGAAGUGGAAUCUGUUUUGUCUUGGAGGAUGGCGCUGCUGUUAUAGCACAGAGAUGAAUUUUGUUUUAUUGGUAAAAGUUUAAGGUGUUUUUUCAGCCAGAUUUACUUUAUUGCCAGGGUAUCUCCUCAUCUUCUGUUUUGUUUUCUUAUGCAUGUGGGUGCAUGUGCAUAUAUGUGUGUGUGUGUGUGUGUGUGUGUGUGUGUGUGUGUGUGUGUGUGUGUGUGUGCAGGUACAUGUGCAUAUGUGGGGGGUAGAGGAUGAUCUCGGGUCUCAUCCUCAGGGUUGCCAUCCACCUUCCCUAGACAGUGCUUCUCAUUGGCCUGGAGCUGACCAGUUAGGCCGGACUGACUGGCCCAUGCCCUCUGAGGAUGCUGUUACCUCCACUUCCCUAGCCCCAAGAGUACCAGUGCAUAACACCACAUGCAGCUUUUCACACACAUUCUGGGAGUCAAACUUGGGUUCUCAAGCUUGCAAGACAAGUACUGUCCUGACUGAGUCACUCCCCUAGGCUCAUCCUCUUCUUUCCUCUGAAAUCUUUAGGCCACAUUCUCAAUUCUUCACUGUUCAAACACCACAAUCCAUUUGGAUCCUUAUUAUGUUAUUGUAGAAAUUGUGUCCUAAGUUUUUGAGACUUGUGAGCUUUUCCUGGUACAUAAGUUUCCUUCAAUAUAGAGGUAUCACGAAUUAUUUCCUUAUUUAUUUUUCUACAUUUCUUCAGAGUUAUCCUCACUUAUUAGUGUCUAGGAAUCCCCAGUGCUUCGUCCCAAUAUUUCCCGGUGGUCACCUGUGACAGCUCAAUUGGUUCUUUCCUACCUUGAAAUUGGCUUCUCUAAGCUUCUUCCAGCAGCAGGUGACCAUUACAGAGAGUUACUAGUCAAGAUGCAGAGAACAACUCACCGUGAUGUGCCCAGCCCUACCUGAUACACCCACAACACAACUCCUGCAUCCUCGGUUCAGGGGACUUCAUGUGAUGGGGUGGAAAGGGUGUAGGGGCCGAGGCAGUUUGCUGUGAUAAACACCACAGCUGAAAGCUGCUUGAGGAGGAAAGGGUUUAUUUCCUCUCAAAAGUUACAAUCCAUCACGAAGGGAGACCAGGACAGGAACUCAGGCCUGAAAACUGGAGAAAGGAACUGAUGCAGAGGCCAUGGAGGAUUGCUGCUUACUUUCUCGCUGUCCAUGGCUUGCUUAGCUUAACUUUUUAAAUAUAGCCCAGGACCACUUAACUAAGAAUGAUUGUAGCAGUCUUUCUUUUGGGCCACCAACCAGCUCCCAAAUCAUGACAUGGAGACUUAUUAAUAGUUAUGAAUGCUCGGUCUUACCUUAUGCUUGUCCCACUAACUCUUAUAACUUAAUCUAACCUGUUUCUCUUCAUCUACAUUUUGUCUCUGGAAUUUCUACCUUUCUUUUAUUUUGUAUGUCCUACUCUGUGUCUGGAUGGCUGGUGGCUGCCUGGCUGCUUGGCCCUGGACAUCUCCCUCUCUUUCUCCCUCAUUCUCUCCUUCUCUUCUUUCUCGAAUCUAGAUUCUUCCUCCUAUUUAUUCUCUCUGCCUACCAGCCCCGCCUAUCCCUCUACUUCCUAGCUAUUGGCUAUUCAGUUUUUUAUUAGACCAAUCAAAUGCCUGCCUAGCAAUCCAUCUUUACAUAGUUAAACAACUGCAGCAUAGAAAUGUAACACAUUUUUGUCUAGUUAAAGUAAUAUUCCACAUCAUAAACAAAUGUAACACACCUUUACAUAGUUAAAGUAAUAUUCUACAACAGAGGUAACUCCCACAGUGAGUGGGCUGGACCCUCCUAUAUCCAUCAUUAAUCAAGAAAAUAUCCUAUAGACUGAGCUACAGGCCAGUCUAAUGGAGAAAUUUUUCUCCAAUUGAGGUUCCCUCUUCCCAAAUGACUCCAGCCUGUGUUAAAUUGGCAAAAAAUGAAGCAGCACACUCCCUAAUUUAUUUACCAUGCCUGAAUGCAUUGGUUAACAUUAGCACCAUCUUGGAUGGUGAAUAUUAGUGGUGAUGUAAGGCAUAUCUCCUUCCUUUGGGGAUGCCUCCAGAGCUCCCAGGUAAGUAAGAGUCUGGACUGUAGUAAUACAAACUAGUCUGAUAUUUACACUAUUAACACAGAGCAGACCUUCAGCUUUAGAAUGCUCAUUUUCUUUUAACCUAAAUAGUACAAAGCUACAGAAUUUGUCUCUACACAUUUAUUUUUCCAUAUAUUGGUUGUUGAGUUUUCUUAUGACAUCUUCAUACACACACACACACACACACACACACACACACACACACACACACACACUUUGAUCAUAUUCACACCCCCACACUAUCUUCUCUUUUCUUUGCCCACCUUUUGCUCCCCUUCCUUUUCCCAAAUACACCCCUUUCUGCUUCAUUUCUCUUAAAACAUUUUAGCUUCAAUAUAUGAGAGAAAACUUGCAAUAUUUGCUUUUCUGAAUCUGCUCUAUUUCCCUUAAUGUGAUGACCUACAAUUCCAUCCAUGGUUCUGCAAGUGACACAAUUUCCUUCUUCCUUUAUAUAAGUCAGUUAAGUCUAGUUUGCUGCAUACUGUGGAGGUUUGAGUGAGAAGUGUCCCCCAUAGGCUCAGGUAUUUGAGCACUUGGCUCCCAGUUGGUGGCGCUGUUUGGAGAGAUUGUGGGAGGUGCAGCCUUACUGAAAGAUGGACCUCACUGGGGACAGGAUUGGAGUGUUGUGGAGUAAUCUUUUUGUACACUGUGAAGAUGUGCCUUUGUCAAGGUGUCUUCUGAUUGGUUUAAUAGAGAGCUAAAUGGUCAAUAGCUAGACAGGAAGAGGCUAGGCGGGACUUCCGGGAGAGAGAAAAGAAGGGGAGAUGAAUCUAGGCACAGCAGAGAUGCCAGAGGACACAGAGAGGAAACAGGAGGUGCAAGGUGGAAGAGAGAUAAAAAGCCAUGAGGCAAAAAGUAGACUAAUAUAAAUGUGUUAAUUUAAAUGAUAAGAGCUAGUAGAACAAGCCUAAGGUAUAGGCUGAGCCUUCAUAAUUAAUAGUAAGUUUCAGUGUCACUUUUUGUGAGCUGGUGGCCCAGGAAAAAUCUGACUACAUUUGAGAGUUUAUA